AUGGCCGAACAAACCACUCCCCAGUACGAGUUCAUGCGCUUGGAUACCAAGCCAAGCGGACAGCUUAGCUACAGCUUCACCCCUUCCACAGUUCCGGGAGACGCCAACCCAACACUCGUCGUCUUUGUCAACGGCAUGAUUGCCCCGCAAACUUCAUGGAUCAAGACCAUUUCGAAACUACAGGAACUGUCCCCACAGGGACUUCCAGCUAUCUUGACCUUUGAUCGCUUCGGACAGGGUCAGACUACUGAUCGUGACCCUAACGAUGAGGGAGCUGCUGACCCGCUGCAUGCACACGAUUCCAUGGAUGUUGUCCACGAUAUUCGUCAGCUCAUAACUCAAGUUUUGAAGAAUAAACUCAACAUCGAGGAUCCUGAUAGUACUCGGCUGUUUCUCAUCGGAAACUCUAUCGGCUGCGCUUUCAGUCGUCUCUACGCUGGUGAAUAUCCUGGCACAGUAUCAGCCAUUUUGUUUCUCGACAGCGUCUUGACUGACACGGACUUUGUCUCCGUCUUUCCCGAUCCAGACGCAAAAGACUUCAACCCGGAUGAUCUACCCUCAGGUGUUUCUGCCGAUAACAUCCGGGUUGCUCGAGAGGAAACCAGGAAGCGAUUCCAUCCAAGCAUCGGUUCCAAGGAGGGCCUCACACGCAAAAACCUGAAACAGCUUCUAUCCAAGGCCGACUCGCCUGCUCUGCCCAAGACAGACGGAAAAGAGCCUUAUGUGACUGUCUUGGGUCACGACUUUGACUACUUUGCCAAGAGAACCGGGACGGAUUUUAAUACUCCGCCUGAAGUUGUGAACGCUUAUAUGAAUCCCUACUGGCAUCAUUACAAUGAGGGAUUGGCUAAGCUUACGAUUAAGGAGAAUAGUGACGGGCCGAUGCAAGUGCCUGAUUCGGGCCAUUUCAUUCAGGUCGACAAUCCUGACUUUGUGGCUGGCAAGGCGCAUGAGAUCUUGCAGAAGCUAGCGAAGAAGUAG